AUGAUCCGAACCCUCACAACGCUCGGCCUGUACGGGUUCGUCCAACAGGCAUUGAGCAAAGAUGUGUAUCUGGAUUGGAAUAUAACUUGGGUGACUGCAGCACCUGAUGGGUAUGCGAGGCCUGUGAUCGGCAUUAACGGACAUUGGCCUUGUCCCCAAAUUGAUGUCGAUGUUGGCGAUAAUCUCAUCGUCGACGUGUACAACGGGCUAGGUAACGAGUCCACCGGAAUCCAUUGGCAUGGUCUGCAUCAGAACUACAAUGGGUACAUGGACGGUGUCCCAGGGGUCACCCAAUGCGAGCUCCACCCCAAUCAGCGCAUGCGCUACGUUGUUCCGAUGAACCAAACCGGUACAUAUUGGUACCACUCGCACGAGCCGGGUCAGUAUCCUGAUGGUUUGCGCGGACCCAUCAUCGUGCACGACAAUGUUCCUGCCCCGUAUCACUAUGACGAGGAGAUGACUCUCACCUUAUCCGAUUGGUAUCAUGUACAGAUACCCAUCUUGCUCGAUCAAUUCAUAGUUCCAGGAGACCAUGCCCCCUAUGGAGGUCAGGAGCCGCUACCUGAUGCGAUUUUGUUCAAUGACAUGCAUAACACCAAGAUCAGCGUUAAGCCCGGCACGACCUACCUGAUCCACGUUGUCUGCAUGGGCAAUUUUCCCGGGCAUGCGCUCGUCAUUGACGACCACGACAUGACCAUUGUUGGUAUGGAUGGCAUUGCAGUGAAACCGCAUUUCCUUCCACCCCAGUAUCUGCGUAUGGCCGUUGGACAACGAGUCGACAUCCUUCUCACCACCAAAAAUGAUACUAGCAAGAACUAUGCGAUCUGGGACGGUCUCGAUAUCGAUGAAAUGUUCGUUCAAGAGGGAAGGAGCCCACCUCCAGGGUACAAUCCCAACGGCACCGCAUGGCUCAUGUACAACGAGGAUGCUCCUUUGCCUCCUGCGCCUAUAAUUCAUGUCAAUAAUGCAAGUCUGGACUUCCUCGACGAUGUGACCUUAACACCGAUAGACAAUCUUCCUCUGAUCGACCCCAUACAACAUCAAUUCAUCUUCGACGUCUACCCAACCACAGUAGAUGGAAAGCCCGCCUACAGCAUUAACAACAUGACAUAUAAUGCCCCCGACUCGCCCACGCUGUAUACUGCCAUCUAUUCUGACCCCGAGGCCUGCUUGGACCCAGAACUCUAUGGAGAUGUGAACCCUUUUGUCGUCAAUUAUGGUGAUGUGGUGGAGAUCGUUCUCAACAACCACCAUGACAAUCUCCACCCGUGGCAUCUCCACGGUCAUGAUUUCCAGGUGCUCCAGCGCACUUACCCGUACGGUGGCUUCUUCGAUGGCUACCGCAACGUUUCUGCCACUCCCAUGCGUCGAGAUACGCUCAUGGUGGAACCCAUGGGACAUUUCUGGCACGUCGAGAUCCGCCUCAUGGCGAUCAUUAUCGAAGCGCCGGACCAGCUGCAGAAUAUGACCAUACCGGAUGAUCAUCUCCAGAUUUGCGGAAACACUCAGCCCAGCAAUUGGGCCCCAUUGGCUCCUUCGCCAUAG